AUGGCUGAUAACUCCCGUUCAUCCUCGUCCUCCAAGACCAAGACGGUGCGGUCCCAGAAGAUCCAAUUGCCCUCGCCAACCGACGAGCGCAUGCACGACGAGUCUCUCGACCGCGCCCUCCCCAUACGCAGCCAUACACCGGGCCACCUCUCGUCCAAGAGCCAGAGCCACAGCAGGCGGAAAGCCUCCGAGUCCUCGAUACGACAGCGCUCGCAGUCCGUGGCAACUAAGAGCGCAUACACCACCCAUCCGCCCUCGCAGCCGCCACCCUCGGUCAAGCCGAUAUCCAACGGCGAUGGCGACGGGUCACGGAACACGGUCGGCCAGAGCUCCUCCACAGACGGCGCCGAAGGGAAGCGGCCACCCCCGAUGCGUUCGACCUCCGCGAUAGCCGGGAAGCCAUCCUCCACAUCCAUCUCGUCGUCACCAACCGCCGCCCGCAAGACCAGCGCCGCGCCAAAGCCGCGCGGAGCUUUCGUACCCUUCCCCCCGCUCCAGGAUCCCAAGACGGCCCCGGACGUGCCGGCGGCGCCCUCCUCCGGCAUGUACUGGUCGCUGGCGCCAGUGUCGGGCGCCUCACACACGCCGCUGCGCGCGCACACCAUGACGCUGGUGGGGAGCAACGUCUUCGUCUUCGGGGGCUGCGACUCGCGCGCCUGCUUCAACGAGCUGUACGUCCUCGACGCCGACUCGUUCCACUGGAGCAGUCCGCAGGUCGUCGGCGACAUCCCGGUGCCCCUGCGCGCCAUGACGUGCACCGCCGUCGGCAAGAAGCUGGUGGUCUUUGGCGGCGGCGACGGCCCCGCCUACUACAACGACAUCUAUGUCCUCGACACGGUCAACUUCCGGUGGCACCGGCCCCGGGUCGUGGGCGACAAGAUCCCGAGCGCCCGCAGGGCGCACACGGCGUGCCUAUACAAGAACGGGAUCUACGUGUUUGGCGGCGGGGAUGGCGUCCGGGCGUUGAAUGAUGUGUGGAGGCUCGAUGUCGCGGACACGAAUAAGAUGAGCUGGAAGCUGGUUUCGGGCCCUUCGUCGGGCAGCCCCGGUCGGGACAACAAGCCCAAGGCGAGGGGUUAUCACACGGCGAACAUGGUGGGCAGCAAGCUGAUCAUCUACGGCGGCUCGGACGGCGGCGAGUGCUUCAACGACGUCUGGGUGUACGACGUGGAUACGCAGGUGUGGAAGGCGGUCACGAUACCGAUCACGUUCCGGCGGCUGUCGCACACGUCGACCAUCGUGGGCUCGUACCUCUUCGUCGUCGGCGGCCAUGACGGCAACGACUACUCCAACGACGUGCUGCUGCUCAACCUGGUCACCAUGACCUGGGACAAGCGCAAGGUCUACGGGCUCCCGCCCAGCGGUCGCGGCUACCACGGCACGGUGCUGUACGAUAGCCGGCUGAUCAUGAUAGGCGGGUUCGACGGCGGCGAGGUCUUCAGCGAUGUCUGGCUGCUGGAGCUAGCCGUCCAUUCGUAUUACUCGCAGAUCAGCCACUUUACGAUCGAGGUUUGA